UGGACAUGUGUCAAUUGAUCCAACAAUUAAGGGAAAAAAGCUAAGAGAAAGUAUUCUUUGAACCCUCUAUAAAAGGAAGAAAUGAUGAGCAAGAAAAGUGUCUACAAAAAUGAUUGGAAUCACUCUCUUCUCUCUGUGAGCUCAGUGCUCUUCUGGUUGCUAUUAGUCUUGUACUUGGCUAUAGCAUUGUUAUCCUUCUUUUACCUUUCAUUUAUCAGUCCAACAAUUGUACCUCAUUGUACUGUUUUAAUCCAAGGUUAUUGAAUACAACUUGAGUAUUUCACAUUUUCAUCUUUGUUGAUUUACUGAGUUGUUACAUAUUUCAUAUAUUUUUAGAACAUGAAAAAUCAAACUCUAGAUCACACAGCACUUAUCACUAAUUCCUGUUUUAUAUAUUAUAGAAUAUCAUAUCAUGUAUUAUCACAAGAUAAGAUAAUAAGAAAGAGGGGUUGGCGGCUAUGAUACUCCUUCCUAGCAGCUUCCUCAGUACAAAGAAAGAAUCAUUUAUGAAUUCUAUAUUCUAAUUCUAUAUAACAAAGUUGUGACUCCAAGUCAUCAAACAAUUUUCCUCUUCAGAGUUGUUGGAUAGCAACUUUUCCUAGGUUUGUCCGAAGUUAUAUUCACUAGUGUCUACAAUAUUUUUACUCUAAUUCAUUCUUCUUUGUUCUAUUAUAUCAUCAUCAUUAUUAUCAUCCAAAAAUAGAGUCGUCUAUUUAGUUUUGUGAAUCUUGUUUCUUGCUGUUAUCAAAUAUAUCAAUCAACUAUGCUAUCUUUUCCUACUUCUGUUUUUGUUCUGUCUAUGGUUUAGUUGAUUCAUCAAAGUUUUCCUAAUCAGAUGAAUAUUUUUGGCUUCUGAGACACAAUCUUCCAAAACAUAUAUUGUAAGAGUCUGAGUUUUUUGUUUCAAUUUUGAUAUUAGCCUUGUUUCAAUAUGCUUUCUCCUAACACCUUUCUGCAAGAUUUUAGUGUUCCAAACUCAGUAAACCAAGUAACAAAUGGGUUUGAAUUAGAAGAUUCACCGUCUUCACCUUCUUCUUCUGGCACAAGCUCAAAUGGAGAAUCCUUGGAAACGACAAGAUAUUCCAAUAACAUUCUAAGAUACAUAAAUGACAUCCUCAUGGAUGAAGAAGAUGACCUGGAGCAAAAACCCUGCAUGUUGCAGGAAUGUUUAAGACUUCAGGCUGCUGAAAAGUCCUUCUAUGAUGUUCUUGGCCAUAACCAGCCUUCACCAAAUGAUAGCACUGACCCAGAUGGAAAUUUCGAUCACGAUGCUAGUUUUGAGAGAAAUGGCAGCAGCUACACCACUGAUAACUCAUAUGAAUCUAAUUGGGUCAACCAUGUCGUCGAAUUCGACUCUUCUUCCAUACAACUACAAACUCCUUUAAUAGAAAAAAACUACGAUGACUUGACAGAAGCUGAUCCAGUUGUCAUUGAGACACGAGGUGAUAAACAUUUUUGCAACGGAACUUGGAGUUGGAAUGACAUUCAGCCAGUGACGGUGAAAGAAGUUUCACCUUCAACAGUACCAGAAAAAAGAAGUCAUAAGAUGGAUAAUGAUAAUGGUACUUGUAAUGAACAAGAAGGAAGAGCUAGCAAGGUUUCAGCUAUUUUCUCUGAUGAAUUAGAGCCACCAGAGAUUUUAGAUGAGGUACUGCUUUAUCAGACAGGAAAGACUCUCACUCAACACCAACAAGCAUCUUAUAAUUAUGAUUCAGGAGGAAAGGAAAAGGAAACACAUUCGCUUUUGAAGAAAGCAUCUACUACGAAAAAUGUCGCGGCUGUGGAUUUGUGGACCAUGCUUAAUCAAUGUGCACAAGCUGUGGCGAGCUACGAUCAAAGGAAUACAGAUGAGCUACUCAAACAGAUUAGGCAACACUCUUCGCCUUUCGGCGAUGGACUCCAACGUUUAGCUCAUUACUUUGCUAAUGGUCUUGAGAUAAGAUUGGCUGCCGAGACGCCAUCAUAUCAGCCUCUUUAUGUGGCAACUGCUGGAGAUAUGUUGAAAGCUUACAAACUAUUUGUUACUGCGUCUCCUUUGCAGAGAAUGACAAAUGCUUUGCUAACCAAAACGAUUUUCAAAAUAGUGAAGAACGAGAGCAGCGUUCAUGUUAUUGAUUUUGGAAUUUGCUAUGGUUUCCAGUGGCCGUGCCUCGUCAGAAAACUAUCAUUAAGACCUGGUGGUCCUCCGAAGCUUCGAAUUACAGGAAUUGAGCUUCCUCAGCGAGGAUUUAGACCUGCAGAAAGGGUGGAGGAAACCGGACGGCGUCUAGCAAACUACUGCAAGAAGUUCAAUGUACCAUUUGAAUACAACUUCAUUGCACAGAAAUGGGAAACCAUCCGUCUCAAGGAUCUAAAGAUAGACAGGAAUGAAAUAACUCUUGUUAGCUGUUUGUACAGACUGAAGAACCUUCCUGAUGAAACUGUGGCAUUGAAUUGUCCAAGAGAAGCUGUGUUGAAGCUGAUCAGGAAGAUUAAUCCAAAAGUCUUCUUCCAUGGAGUUGCCAAUGGAAGUUAUAACGCACCGUUUUUCCUGACUCGGUUUAAGGAAGCACUCUACCACUUCUCAUCGUUGUUUGAUAUGUUUGAGGCUAAUGUGCCUCGUGAAGACACGCAGAGGUCAAUGCUUGAGAGAGGGUUGUUUGGAAGGGAUGCUAUAAAUGUUAUAGCUUGUGAGGGUGCCGAGAGGGUCGAAAGGCCUGAGACCUACAAGCAGUGGCAGGUCAGGAACAAGAGAGCUGGGUUCAAGCAAAUCAGGUUGGAUUCUGAUUUGGUGAAUGAAACCAAAGCAAUGGUGAAGAAGGAAUACCAUAAAGAUUUUGUAGUCGAUGUGGAUUGUAAAUGGGUUUUGAAGGGAUGGAAAGGACGUAUUUUGUAUGCUUUAUCUGCUUGGGUUCCUGCUUAAGCAAAAUGUCCAAAAGGUGUUUUGAAUGGUAGAUUGAAGUUUCAAAAGGAAUAGUGAACCAACACAUACUAAUUUUGUAUUGAAAAAUGAAUUUGUUUUCAUUGGAAUUUAUUUUUAUGUCUAUGAUAUGAUCUGUUGUUGUUGUCAAGUGUUAAAAAGAUGUAUGUAGAUUAGAGAACAAGUCUUAUUGUUCCAUCAUGGAAUGGAAACAUGGGACCAACAAAAACAUUGAUCACAUUUUAAUGCA